UAUAUAUAUACCGAGACAGAUGAUCAGGGUCGCCUCUGUCCUAGCUUCCCCUUCUUGACCGUCCCUGCACUAACCAGCGAAAUAGUUCUUUGCUAAACAACAACUUUUAACGAUCAUGUCUUUCACUUACGACUUUGGGCAAAGCCACGCCAACGCCGCCUACAAAGGCAAGACCACCGUGAACACCAAGUUGUUCAUCAACGGAGAAUGGGUCGAGGGAUCGGGCAAGACCAUUGAUGUUAUCAACCCUACCAACGGCAAGAAGAUCACCGAGAUCCAGGAGGGUACCGCUGCCGACGUCGACAAGGCCGUCGAUGCCGCCGAGAAAGCUUACAAGACCUCUUGGGGCGAGCGAGUCUCUCCCGCUGAGCGAGGGAAGCUUUUGAUCAAGCUUGCCGAGCUCAUUGAGGCCAACGCCGACGAACUGUCCGCUCUCGAGACUCUUGACAACGGAAAGGCUUACUCUAUUGCGAGGGGUUUCGACAUUAUGGAAGCUGCUCACGUGUUGCGAUACUACGGAGGCUGGGCCGACAAGGACCAUGGCAAGAACAUCAACAUCGGACCCGGCAAGAUGGCCUUUACCCGACAUGAGCCCAUCGGGGUGGUCGGUCAGAUCAUUCCCUGGAACUUCCCCAUGCUGAUGUUCUCGUGGAAGAUUGGUCCCGCUUUGGCCACCGGAAACGUCGUUGUCUUGAAGCCCAGUGAAUUCACCCCCCUUACCGCCUUGAGGAUGUGCGACUUGAUUAAGGAGGCCGGCUUCCCCCCUGGUGUCGUUAACAUCAUCAACGGAUACGGACCCACCGUCGGUGCCGCCAUCUCUGAGCACCCUAGAAUCCGUAAGGUCGCCUUUACCGGUUCCGGUGCCGUCGGUCGUCAAGUCAUGAAGGCUGCCGCUUCUUCCAACUUGAAGGCCGUCACCCUCGAGCUCGGUGGCAAGUCGCCCAACAUCAUCUUUGACGACUGCGACCUCGACAACGCCGUCAAGUGGGCCGCCUUCGGUAUCUUCUUGAACCACGGUCAGGCUUGUUGCGCCGGAUCGAGGGUAUUUGUGCAGGAGGGCAUCUACGACGAGUUCCAGAAGAAGUUCUUGGAGCACGUCAAGACCCUCAAGGUCGGCGACCCCUUCGAGGCCGACACUUUCCAGGGACCUCAGAUCAGCCAGAUUCAGUACGACAGGAUCAUGGGUCACAUCCAGUCGGGCAAGGACGAUGGUGCCGACUUGUUGUUGGGAGGAGAGAGGUUCGGACACGAGGGUUACUUCAUCCAGCCCACCGUCUUCGGUAGCGUCAAGAAGGAGAUGAAGAUCGGUCACGAGGAGAUCUUCGGUCCGGUCGUCGUGCUUCUUAAAUUCAAGACGACGGAAGAGGCCAUCGAGGCUGCCAACGAUACCGAGUAUGGUUUGGCCUCUGCAGUGUUCACCAAGGACAUCUCGAAGGCGCUCAACGUAGCAAGCAGGAUCGAGGCCGGUACGUGCUGGAUCAACCUGUACAACUUCUUGACUGCAGAAGUCGCCUUUGGAGGUCACAAGCAGUCCGGUAUCGGCCGAGAACUCGGAGAGGAAGCCCUCAAGAACUACACGGAGUCGAAGUCUGUCAUUAUCAAUCUGGAUGGUUCUGCUCCUUGAGCGAUUAUUGCUACGUGUUCCACAAAUGUCUUGAAUUGAUGACACAACUGGUUCUGUAUAUCGGAUUUGAUCCGCCGAGUAACAUGAAUAUGAAGUACAAAAGGUGCAUAUCUGCCGU